UAGCGCUCAAAACAUACACAGUGAUGAGAUCAGAGCCUGAAGUGAGCGCUUCAUUCACCUCGGCGUCCACGCCUGUCACCCGGCAGUCUCGUCUUGAAAGGGGGCUUUAACAACUAUGGACAGCGACGACGAAGACAUAGAGGAAGUGGUGGAAGGUCCAUUGGAUGAAGAUGGUCUGCCUCACGGGUUCUGCACAGUGACCUAUUCCUCCAGCGAUCGCUUCGAAGGACACUUCACCCAGGGGGAGAAGAAUGGCAAGGGCAAGUUCUUCUUCUUCGACGGAAGUACUUUGGAGGGCUUUUUCGUGGACGAUGCUCUGCAGGGACAAGGGAUAUACACGUAUGAGGAUGGGGGUGUGCUCCACGGGACCUAUGUGGAUGGAGAGCUGAAUGGGCCUGCUCAGGAGUUUGAUGGACAGAGCCGCCUGGUGUUCAAGGGCCAGUAUAAAGACAACAGCCGCUGUGGGGAAUGCUGGAUUUACCACCCUGACCAGGGAUGUGUGUAUGGGGAGAUGAACCACGACGGCGAGAUGACUGGUAGUUCGGUAGCGUACAUCUACCCUGAUGGAUGCACAGCUCUUUAUGGAAGCUUCGUCGAGGGAGAGCUGAUUGAGGCACGUCUGGCCACCCUGGUCUCCACAGAGAAGGACAGGCUGCGCUUCGGAGUCGCACCUGACAGUCCUGUGUUCUCACAUGACAAGUCCACCUCUACCUGUAUUGCCACCCAUGCUCUGCUACCGGACCCUUAUGAGAGCCAGAAGGUGUUUGUGGCAGACUCUCUGAUCAAAGGAGCAGGACAGGGCCUGUUUGCAAAGACCGAUGCUGAGCCAAAUACCGUGAUGGCUUUUUACAAUGGAGUACGCAUCACUCACUCAGAGGUGGAUAGCAGAGACUGGGCAUUGAAUGGGAAUACUAUCUCUUUGGAUGAAGACACGGUGAUUGAUGUCCCUCAGCCGUUUGACCAAAUGGUUAACUACUGUGCCUCUCUGGGUCAUAAGGCCAACCACUCGUUCACCCCCAACUGCAAAUAUGACCCAUUUGUACACCCUCGAUUUGGGCCAAUCAAGUGCAUCCGGACAUUGAAAGCAGUGCAGAAGGAUGAAGAGCUGACGGUUGCGUAUGGUUAUGAUCAUGAGUGUGCGGGGAACAAUGGCCCCGAGGCCCCUGCUUGGUACAAACAGGAGCUGGAGUUAUUUCAGCAGAGACAGGCCGCUCCCAUUGGCCAGUGAGGGCUAGAAUCGAUGCCUCCUGGACAAUAAAAUACACCUGUGCCUGCACUGCUCUCUCGUGAUCACUCAGGGGCACUUGGAGCUGCAAACUGCCCCAUACAUAUUGGAGAAGUAACUAUGCUUCGUAUGGUUUAUUGAUAGAAUGAUGCUUGUGAACGUCACACAUUAUAAUUACUCACACAGUGCCGCAGAAACACCAGAACUGUUAAAGGAAGGCUUUAAGCAAUUCGUAAGAUGUUUUUUGGGUGAAAUUCUUACGAGUUUUUUCUUUUUUUCUUUUUUUUUUUACAUUUUUUUUGCAAAUGCAGCCUUUAUGUAAAUCCUUCUCGUUUCAAUUUAAGAUAAAAGUAGAUGUUUAGGAAGACAUUUCUGCUUAAAAACAGUGGUGUGUAUCCAGCCCCAGGUUGAAUUGGUUAACAUGUCGAUGACUGCGGAUUUUAUCUCCUCUGUAUUCCUCAGCACAUCAUCCUCUGAUGUGAACGACAGCCUCCACUGCCAUGUUUGGUGCUUCAGAUUUAGGAUAUAGCUGGAAGACAUAACUUCAUACAGCUGGAAGACAUAACUAGUGUAUUUCCACUGUCCUCACCUCACCAUGCACACUGUUUUCAGGCAGCAGCUGUCACUAACUAAUUAACAUUCUUCUCCCCUUAAGGUGUUUAACAAUGCUAGUAUAUCACGUUUGUAAAAUAAAAUAUUUAUCUAUUAAAACCUGUAGACGUACUGACUUCAGCCAGUACAGUUCACCCCAUCAUUGGUCUAUUUAUUUCAUUUAAAAGGAAAAAUAAUUGCAGCAUGUACAACUUUUCAGGCCCAUGGCCUGACAUGUCUGUAUUGUUUGAUAAGCUGUUGAUCUCAUUAUGACUAUCUCAACAUGUUAGUGCUUUGUAAAUGACAGGAGUUGAAGAGAAAAUAUUUUGCAGCUUGCUGUUUCUAAGAAGCCUAAAGGGAGACGUUAGCCUUCUAAUCUAAUGAGACUGUAGCGGCGAUACCACAAAAUAAAGCCCAAUUUUAAAUAAACCAUAAAGCAUAGCUAUUGUUGUCCAUUAAAUGAUUGAAUACUAGCUCUUUUAUGUGUAAACUAUCGCUGUCAAACUUUUAACUCGACUUAUUCAGAAUGUCUUUAUUCAUGCUUUCUUUUUGCUGAGAAGAAAUAAAACAAAGCCA